CUGGGCUUUCGAUAAUCACAAAGAAAUCAAGUCAUUGCCGUGUUUGACCUCAAAGGCGCUCUGUAGUGACAGGGAUAUAUAUAUAUAUAUAUAUAUACACAGAGAGAGAGAGAGAGAGAAACAGAGAGGAGAAAGGGAAGGCGAAGAAGGUGGAGAGGGAGAGUAGAUUUUGGUUUCUGGUGUGUGCGCUUUCGAUAUUUGGUCCAUUUUGCCUUUUUUUUUUUAUUCUUUUGUUUCUGAAUUGAAUUUUUGCUCUGUGAUUGAUUUUCUCGGGAGAAACUUUCAUUUUCCGGGAAAGUUGGAUCGAAGGGAGGCUAGAUUUGUUAAUGUGACGAGCCAUUUAUCGUGGAAACUAGGUCUUGGUUUCAUUGAGAAGAACUGGUGAUGAGGAGGACCGUUACUGGAGAGGCGAGAGGUGUGAACAACCCUAUGGAGACUAUAAGCGCUGCGGCCACAGCGAUCGCCUCGGCUGAGACUCGAGGGCCUCAAGCUGCAGUUCAGAAGAGAAGAUGGGGAAGUUGUUGGAGCAUAUAUUGGUGUUUUGGAUUUCACAAGCCCAGUAAGCGAAUAGGGCAUGCUGUGUUUGUUCCAGAAACAGGAGUACCUGGAGGUGAUGUUCCUGUGGCUGGAAACACCAAUCGAGCACCUGCCAUAUCAUUACCUUUUGUUGCUCCUCCCUCCUCUCCUGUAUCUUUUCUACAAUCAGAACCUCCUUCUGCUACAUAUUCUCCUGCUGGCUCACUAACCCUUGCCUCUGCUUCUCCCAAUAUCUACUCCCCAGGUGGACGCCCCUCUAUUUUUGCCAUCGGCCCCUAUGCCCAUGAGACCCAAUUAGUGUCGCCUCCUGUCUUCUCAACCUUCACCACAGAACCAUCAACUGCUCCCUUUACUCCUCCUCCUGAGUCUGUCCACAUGACCACUCCUUCCUCCCCUGAGGUUCCCUUUGCUCGGCUCCUUGAUCCCAAUCACCAGAAUGGGGAGGCUGCUCCGAAAUUCCCAUCAUCACACUAUGAGUUUCAGUCAUAUCAGCUCUACCCUGGAAGCCCAGUUGGCCAUCUGAUCUCACCUAGCUCAGGCAUCUCUGGUUCAGGCACCUCUUCUCCUUUCCCUGACCGCGAGUUAGUGCCUGUUGGUCAACACUUCCUAGAGUUUCGAGUAGGUGAACCACCAAAGCUCUUGAGCCUUGACAAGCUGUCCACGCACGAGUGGGGGUCACAAAGAGGAUCUGGUUCUUUGACGCCCAAUGCUUCAGAGGCCAGUUCUCGCCACAAAUUUGUUCUGGAUUAUCAACUUCCUGAGGCUGUAUCACUCCCUAAUUCAGAAAGAGGUUGCAGAAACAAUGAAAUUGUUAAUCAUAGAGUUUCAUUUGAGUUGACUGCUGAAGAUACGGAGGAUCAAUGCGUGGAAAAAGUACCAGAAGCUUUGUUUAAGGCUGUAUCAGCUCCUUUAGAGAAUGGAACAACAGGAGAGGAAGAUGAAAAAUCAAGGGAAUUGGUAGAGGGUUAUGAGGGUCGUAUGGGUGAGACGGUGGAUGAGAUGCCGGAGAAAGCUCCAGCAGCAGAGGAGGAGGAGGAGGGGGAACAGCGGCAUCGGAAGCAUCAUUCCAUCACCCUUGGGUCUGCCAAAGAUUUCAACUUUGAUAAUGGAGAGGGACAUUCUGAAAAACCCAAUAUUGGGCCUGACUGGUGGGCCAAUGAGAAAGUGGUUGAGGAGGUGGCUGGACCCAGUAAGAAUUGGGCCUUCUUCCCAAUGAUGCAGCCAGGUGUCAGCUAAUGGUACCCUUUGACCUGGCAGGCAGGUGAUUUUGUGGGGCCAAGCUAAACCCAGCAAGUAGCUAAAUGAGAGGAAUGAACUCAAAAUUGCAUGUGGGUUUUGGGGUUUGCAUUGAGACUUUAGAAGAGAGGAAUAGUUUGCAGCGUACAGGGCCUCUCUCUCUGAAGGCUGUUCUUAGCACAUUUGACCUAAAAAAGAAGGAUAGACUGGAAAAUUUGCAAUAGAUAUUAUGCUUUAGGGAAAGAACAGAGACCAAGAGCUCCCUUGCUAUUCUCUUCCUUCUAUGUAAAAUAUUGGAAGUGAUGGGGGUACUUGUCAACCGCGAUGAGGACAAAAAAGAGUUACGAUGCCUGUUGAAUUCUUAGGCAAGCUUUUUCCGGGAUGUUGAGCAAUGCUCUGUUUUUGACUUUUGACAAAGCAUUGUAUUUUGAUCCUGGAUUCCUUUUUUCAAAGGAAUCAUGCCGGAGUGGAGAAAGCUUUCAAUUUGGAUAUAAUACGUAGUUUCCAUUUGAAUGUUAUUUCGCUGAUGUAAUUUCCAUUUGAAUGUUAUUUAGCUGAUGUCAGAGUUGAUGAAUGGAAUAAAAAUUGUACGGAAUAUAUAUAUAUAUAUAUAUUCCUUUCUUUUCUUUUAAA